CUAUGACUGAGGAAAGAUGUUUUCAAGAUGGCGACGCCCAUGGGAAAUUCGCGUAAAACUAUGAUAGCAAAAUAUGCCAUUAUAUCGAGACUUGUCGUGACUUUUUUGCAGAUCCUGUUGAAUAACCUGAUACCUGAUCACCACGCCGAUGCCUUCCAUCAAGAUCCUAUGCAGAACCCAGGGUUUGGUGACCUCUGCAUUGACCUACUCCUCGGUGGCUUCUGCAAGUGGGAUGGGGCGCACUUCCUUCACAUCGCUGAACAUGGCUACACCACGGACCGCAUGAUGGCGUUCUUCCCGCUUUACCCCGGUCUCGUCCGAGCGCUUGCAGACACGCUCUUCUCCCCUCUUCAGAUGGUGAUGCAGCUCCGGAGCGUCCUUCUGGUCGCAGGAUGGCUCCUGAACGUGCUCAUGUUCACCCUGGCUGCGGUUGUGCUGUACGAGUUAACCAAGAGGGUAUGCAAGGACCAACGGAUAGCAGAUAUAGCCUGGAUCCUUUACUGCUUCAACCCUGCAAGUAUCUUCAUGACUGCAAUGUACACCGAAGCCUCAUUUUUGUUGCUUAGCUUAAGCGGGAUGCUGUUCUUGGAGAAAAGACGCUACCUGAUAUCCACAAUCGCAUUUGGAUUAGGUACAUGUGCAAGAUCUAAUGGGAUAGUUUCCAUCGGCUUUGUCGCAUACCACACUGUCCAACUUUCAAUCUUUGUCUUUGCUAAAAUGCGUUCACCAAUCAACCUCUCCACCUUGAAGAAAGUCUGCAGAAUCAUCGUCGUUGGUGUGACAAGAACGUUUUAUUCGGCAGCCAUCAUUCUCUUUCCCUGCGCCUUGUAUCAGAUCUACUGCUACUUGCGCAUCUGUAACAAAGAAAAGGUGAUCUCCUUUCAAAAGAUUUUAGAACAUGGUAUGGAGAUCUUAUUCAAAAGAGCUAAUAAUAGAACAAGUGUCUUGCAAACAACAGAUGAUGUCCCGCUCUGGUGUAGCAAGUCGUUUGUGAUCCCUUACUCCGAGGUGCAGGCAGAACAUUGGAACGUAGGAUUGCUGAACUACUAUGAGUUCAAACAACUUCCAAAUUUCUUUCUGGCCUUGCCCGUAAUCAUCCUCUGUCUCUACGGUGUGCAGGAUUACUGCAGCUUGAAGUGGGAUCAUGUGAAAGUGCUCGGGUUACUCCAGCCAAUCAGAAAAGACGUUAAGAAAACAGAUGACCCAAUCAGCCAAUCAGAGGGCUUCUACAGUUCUGGUGUAUUUGUUUAUUUGGUUCACCUUCUUGUGCUUCUCGUCUUUGGAGUCUGUUGUAUGCAUGUGCAGGUCGUCACAAGAUUUCUCUUCUCCAGUUCUCCGGUCCCCAUUUGGAUUGCAUCACACAUCAUUCAGUCGUCCCUCAAACCAAAUGGUGUUGACACACCCUCACCUGAACUCAAUGGAUCAGUCCAAGAAUUAAUUCCUUUGGAUAUCAUGUGGAGAAAACAUUUAGACUGGAAAGGUCGACUAUUGAGGGGGUAUUUCUUAGGAUAUUGUGUCAUAGGUGUUGCUUUACAUUGUAAUUUCUUACCAUGGACAUAAAGAGAAGAUUGAGCCCUGGGAAAGGUGAAAAAUAGUGACUUUGCACGGCUCAUCGCCUCAUCUCGGCCAAUCAGGUUCACAUGUAAUGUUGUAACCGUAACUGUGGCAAAUUUGACCCCUGUUGACCAGUAAUUUUGAGAGGUGUGGAAAAUGAGGUUUUAAUUUGCCUUUGUGCAAUACUGAAAGGGAACACAUUAUUUUUCCUUUUAUAUCUUUAUUCUAUGUUCAUGCAGCUUUCCUUUAGAUAGGGUCUUUCAAUUGAAAUACUAUUUAUAUCAAGAAUAAUUGAGGGGAAUUCCAGCUCCACUUUAUGCUUAUGAUUCUUUAAAAAAAAAAGACAUUUCUUGCCAUAAUCUGCUGUAGGUUUCAUCGG